AUGCGUGGGGCAACGACUCUUCUCGCCAUCAUAUCUGGUCUCUCAGGAUCAUAUAUCCAAGCCAGUAGCGCAGCACCAACACCUGUAGCAACAUCUGGAGCCGGUGACCUGUUCGAAAAUAUCUGGGAGAAUCUCGUCGAGACAGGGAAAGAUAUCAUCGGUGGUGACAACCCUAGCACCUCCAAAGGAAGUAAGUCGCUAUCAACCCCAACCAGUAUCAACAUCAAACCAACUAUAGAGCCAAACACUAACCAAUGUAAAGCCCUUGAUCCAAAACUCCUUCCCAAAAUCCUGUACUUUGCCGAGUUCGCAGCAGCGGCAUACUGCGAUCCUAACCAUGUCGUUGGCACUGAAGUCACCUGUGCUGGGGGCGUGUGUCCGGAGAUAACUACAAAUAACAUCACCACGAUUCUAGAAUUUGCAAACACACAAGACGCCGACACAACCGGCCUAGUAGCCCGCGACGACACUGUCAAAUCCAUCGUGAUAUCCAUCCGCGGCAGCAGUUCGCUGCGCAAUUGGCUGGCAAACAUUCAGGCAAAGCUCAAGAAAGUUCCCGAGAUAUGCCCGGGUUGUGAAGUACAUAGCGGGUUUUACGAAGCCAUGCAGGAAGCGUUACCGGCCGUGGUGAAGAGCGUUGAGGAACUGAAGAGGGAGAAUCCAGGAUACACGGUUGUUGUUGUUGGGCAUUCGCUCGGUGGGGCUAUCGCGACGUUAAUGGCUGAGGAGAUUAGGAGGGGGGGUGUAGAGGUUGAUUUGUACACCUUUGGUGCACCCAGAAUCGGGAACGAAGAGCUAUCAACCUUUAUUUCAAAGUCGGGAACUAACUUUCGCGUUACCCACACCGUCCCCCGCCUCCCACCCGUAAUCCUUGGGUACCAGCACAUCUCACCGGAAUAUUGGAUCUCAAAAGGCGACACGAAUAUUAGCGCUACCGACAUCCAGAUCUUCGAGGGCGGGAUCAAUACCGGUGGGAACAGCAACGGACCGAUAUCCCUAAAUAUACCAGCGCACUCGCACUAUCUUUUACCAGUGGAGAUUUCCUCUUGUGCGCCUUCUGGUUUCGAGUUUUAG